AUGCUGAGCUCUUUCGAGGAGCCAGAGAAGGGCAUUGUCAACAUCUAUCAACCUCAAUGCUCUCAGGAAUAUCACGUCAAACCUACGGGUAAUGACUUCCUGCGCACGCCUGAGCUUGGACGAUCUGGCUGGGAGCUGCGAAACAUGUACAAGCUCUCAGGCAUGGAGAAAGUCGGAGACGACUUUUUCAAUCGUCAGCUGGCCGUUCAUCACUGUUUUGAUUUCUCGACCGGACGUUCUGUCUUCUUGACCCUCAAGGCGAACCAUAAAAAGAUUCUUGACCAAAUCACCGAAAUUAACAAAAAUGCGGUCCCUCAUUCAUUGGCCUCUUCCUUUGUCACCUCCUUGGAGACGCAGCUGGUCAGUUUCCAUUGGAGUGUAGCAGGCUGGAAAGCAUUCGUAAAUAAGCUGGAGCAUGGGAUCCAUGAAAUCUCCCAGAGGAUACGCAAUAUACCAAUGUCGGGCGAUGAUGAGAAAAAUGGCCUUCUGUUGUUGAGGUCGCAGACAUUUAGAGAAUCACAGGGGCUAGGCGCCAGUCCGGGGUCUCAAACCCAAUCACCACAGCGUCAAUCUUCUUUCAACUUGAUCAAAACAACAAUAUCAGGCAAUAUCAAGAACGGGGGCCCAGCGCCGGGCCCUUCUGGUGAUGAAAAGGUGGCGGAGAAGCUGGAGAAGCUCGUUCAAAGUACCAUGGAGCGGACGAUUGAGAAAGUGAGAAAAUUGCAAGAUUUUCCAUUUGACCAUCUGCAAACGCUCAACUCGAUCUGUAAGAAACUAAAGGAAGCGAAGUUCAUCAUGGGAUCGAAUGCCAGAGUUCUCCAACAGACUCGCCAGUUUUAUCAACGGUUGUUUGAAGAUCCUGGGUGUCCUGCUGAAAUAAAAAACGCCUGCCCCAAGGAUCUUGAGUGCUUCCAAAUAAGAAUUGAGCAGUUGGAGAAGAGAUUGUUGACAGGGUGUUCACGAAUUGAUGCUCUGAUUGAAGUCGCUGCCGAUGCCCAGAUCCUCUAUGAUUCCAUUCUGCAACUCAAGAGCGCAGAAACAAAUAAUCUCUUUGCCAUGGAUGCUCUAAGUGCUUCUGUACGAAUGGAGAGCUCCACUCAGCGGAUGGAAGAGAUGACGAGAAGCAUGAAUAAGAUUGCCGAAAGCACGGAGAAGGAUACGGGCUCCAUGCAUUUUAUGACCUUUUUCGCCCUCAUCUUCCUACCUGGUACAUUUCUUGGCGUAAGACUGCUCCUUUUGUUUGUCCGAGAGUCUUCUUCGCCUGCUUUUCUGACCGAACAUACCCAGAGCUUCUUCAGCACGCCGAUCUUUGGGGAUUCCGAGGAAGGGAGCCCACAGUCCUGGAUCUUCCACAAGGAUCUUUUCGUGGUUUUCAUAAUCAUUUGCUUGAUUAUGAUGGUCAUCACUCUAAGCUUAUGGGGAUUGUAUUUGCGUGCACAAAAGUUGCGAAGAAAGCAGCUGCAGGAGUACAAUGAAGCCGCCUCGAGCCCAGUGUAG